UCCAAUUAGCGUACAAUUUCAGACACUCAUAUCUAACUUACCUUGUAUUUUCUAAAUUGAUUUCUGAACCUCAUAACCUAGCUACAAUGCCUUCUGUGCACUCUAGCCCCUUCCACCACAUAGAGAACUCAGCCAUAUUUAACCUAAUCCGGCACGCUCACACGCCAGGCCAAAAACGUUCAACAAAAUCUUCAUCCGGAGGCCUUCUCAAGAUGUUCAAGCUCUUUCCCAUGUUAACAUCAGGCUGCAAAAUGGUUGCCUUGCUAGGCAGGCCCCGGAAGCCGUUACUGAAGGAUCAUGCCACAACUGGUACAAUUUUCGGCUAUCGAAAGGGGAGGGUAAGCCUAGCUAUACAAGAAGACCCUCAUUGCAUGCCACUCUUUGUGAUAGAGCUGCCAAUGCACAGUAGUGUGUUUCACAAGGAAAUGGCGUCGGAUAUAGUCCGAAUCGCGCUGGAGAGCGAGACGAAGACGCACAAGAAGAAGCUGAUGGAGGAGUAUGUGUGGGCUGUAUACUGCAAUGGAAGAAAGGUAGGGUAUUCUAUUAGGAGGAAGCAAAUGUCGGAGGAUGAGCUUCAUGUUAUGCAAACUUUGAGGGGUGUUUCGAUGGGGGCAGGGGUUCUUCCAUGCCCUUCUGAUCAGAAGGAGUAUGCAGGAGAUGGGGAGUUGACUUACAUUAGGGCAAGGUUUGAGAGGGUGGUUGGAUCAAAGGACUCUGAAGCUUUGUACAUGAUUAAUCCAGAUGGUGCUGCAGGACCAGAAUUAAGUAUUUUCUUUGUAAGAGCUCAUUAGCUUAAUUAGCAAAAAAUUAUGUACUCUUUUGAUUAAUUAAUCUAGGUUAUAUAUAAUAUAACUUUGUGUCUAUGUAAACUAAUUAAAGUUCUCAAAUGCAUGUAUUGAUUGUUUUGAACUUCAA